ACUGACCCGGAAAUUUGUGAUAGAAAGCAAGGAAAAAAAUCGACGAUGAACUAACAGCGGCCUUUACAAACCGGCAAACGCAUCAGAUCGCCCAAACUGUCGAAAUUGCCCCUGAAAUGGUCACAAACAAUGUCAAUGCGGUUUCCAUCGAAAAUCACGUUGAGUGCCGGUACGCCGUCGGGUCCACAAAGCGGCAGGUCAAAGUACUGCAAGACAUGGGGUUUGUCCGAUGGGGGAAAGCCAGAAAACAUUAAUGAAGUUGUCUGUUUCUUGUCAAAAAGAAUGCCGUUUCCAUUGGAAAUCACGUCGAGUGCCGGUGGUUGGACCUGGCGUCGGCACCACAAAAGAACCCACAGCGGCUCAUCAUCCGACAACACCGGGACGCAGACGCAGCUCUUUUAUGCCUUUUAUCAACGUCUAUGCCGACUUCUUAUUGUUAGACAACUUCCUGUCCUCAAUAAAAAUGGGUCUCUAGUUGCCUUCUGUCUCAUUCUUUUUGAGUUCAUGGCCCAGUGCGCUACGUCCCUUAUCACGUACAAGAAAUUGAUCCAUGACUAUUACUUCCGGGUCAUCUACAAGGCAUUUCCGCACGUCAGUGUGUAGCAAAAAGACGCCGGAGACUUUCUCUCAUCUUUCCUGUCGAGACGCCAGUUCCCGAGUCCGAGCUGUUCUAGUCGCAGAUAACUGUCAGAAGUGACCAGAUGGAGAAAACAACGUGCUGCCGUAAUGACGUAAGCAGAGGUUCGGUUGGAGGGUUUGUCAACACUCUUCAUAGGUGUGAGGAGUGCAGCAAGCAGUUCAGUACAGCGCAUAAUCUGAAGAUUCACCUGCGGACUCACACAGGGGAGAAACCUUACAGAUGCGAGGAGUGCAGCAAGCAGUUCAGUCAGCUCAGUAGUCUGAAAAGUCACAUGCGGACUCACUCAGGCGAGAAACCCUACAAAUGUGAGGAGUGCAGCAGGCGGUUCAGUACAUCAAGUAGUCUGAAGAGGCACAUACGGACUCACACAGGGGAGAAACCUUACACGUGUGAGCAGUGCAACAGGCAGUUCGUUGAGCUGGGUGAUCUGAAGAAACACAUGCGGACUCACACUGGGGAGAAACCCUACAAGUGCGAAGUGUGCAGCACGCACUUCAGUGAGUUGAGUAAACUGAAGAGACACAUGCGCACUCACACGGGGGAAAAACCCUACAGUUGUCAGGAGUGCAGCAAGCAGUUCAGUACACGAAGUAAACUAAAGGAACACAUGCGCACCCACACAGGGGAGAAACCCUACAAGUGUGAGGAGUGCAGCAAGCAGUUCAGUAAGCUUAACCAUCUGAAAACACAUAUGAGGACACACACAGGAGAGAAACCCUACAGGUGUGAGGAGUGCAGCAAGCAAUUCACUCUUCUUCACAAUCUCAAGACACACAUGCGGACACACACAGGUGUGAAACGUUACAAGUGUAAUGAAUGCAGCAAGCAGUUUAGUACACAGGGUAAUCUUAAGAAGCACAUGCAUGCUCACACAGGUGAGAAACCCUACAAGUGUAAGGAAUGCAGCAAACAAUUCAUUCGGCUUGACCAUCUCAAGAGACACAUGAUGACUCACUCAGGGGACAAACCCUACCAGUGUGAGGAGUGCAGCAAGCAGUUCAGUGAGCUCGGUAAUCUGAAGAAACACCUGCGAACUCACACCGGAGAGAAACCCUACAGGUGUGAGGAGUGCAGCAAGCAGUUCAGUCAGCUUGAACAUCUGAAGAAACACAUGCGGACUCACACAGGAGAGAAACCCUACAGGUGUGAGGAGUGCAGCAGGCAGUUUAGUCAGUUGGGUCCUCUGAAAUGUCACAUGCGGACUCACACAGGGGAAAAAUCCUACAGGUGUGAGGAGUGCAACAGGCAGUUCAGUGAGUUGAGUAAUUUGAAGAGACAUAUAAGGACGCACACAGGGGAGAAGCCCUACAAGUGUGAGGAGUGCAGCAGACAGUUUAGCGAGCUGGGUAGUCUGAAGACUCACAUGCGCACCCACACAGGGGAGAAGCCCUACAGUUGUGAGAAGUGCAGCAAGCAGUUCACUCAGCUGGGUAACCUGAAGACUCACAUGCGGACUCACACAGGGGAGAAAACUUACAGGUGUGAGGCUUGCAGUAAACAGUUCCCCCGGCUGGAUAGUCUGAAGAAACACAUGAAAACACACCUAAAAGACUUGAUGGCGACGACAGACAGCGGUCGUAAUGGCAUAAGCAGCUGCAGGGGUUCAGUUGGGGCGUUCGCUCCGAGGUGCAAGGAGUGCGGUAAACAGUUCAGUACAUCAAGUAAGCUGAAGAGACACGUGCGGACUCACACUGGAGAGAAACCCUACAAGUGUGAGGAGUGCAGCAAGCAGUUCAGUGAGCUGGGUAGUCUGAAGAAACACAUGCGGACUCACACUGGAGAGAAACCCUACAGGUGUGAGGAGUGCAGCAGGCAGUUCAGUGAGCUGGGUAGUCUGGAGAAACACAUGCGGACUCACACUGGAGAGAAACCCUACAAAUGUGAGGAGUGCUGCAAGCAGUUUAGUCAGCUGGGUCUUCUGAAGACUCACAUGCGGACUCACACAGGGGAGAAACCCUAUAAGUGUGAGGAGUGCGACAAGCAGUUCAGUGUGCUGGGUAACCUGAAGAGACACAUGCAGACUCACGCAGGGGAGAAACCCUACAAGUGUGAGGAGUGCAGCAAGCAGUUCAGUGAGCUGGAUAGUCUGAAGAAACACAUGCGGACUCACACGGGAGAGAAACCCUACAGGUGUGAGGAGUGCGACAAGCAGUUCAGUGAGCUGGGUAGUCUGAAGAAACACAUGAGGACUCACACAGGGGAGAAGCCCUACAGGUGUGAGGAGUGCAGCAAGCAGUUCAGUGAGCUGGGUAGUCUGAAGAAACACAUGCGGACUCACACUGGAGAGAAACCCUACAGGUGUGAGGAGUGCAGCAGGCAGUUCAGUGAGCUGGGUAGUCUGGAGAAACACAUGCGGACUCACACUGGAGAGAAACCCUACAAAUGUGAGGAGUGCUGCAAGCAGUUUAGUCAGCUGGGUCAUCUGAAGACUCACAUGCGGACUCACACAGGGGAGAAACCCUAUAAGUGUGAGGAGUGCGACAAGCAGUUCAGUGAGCUGGGUAGUCUGGAGAAACACAUGCGGACUCACACUGGAGAGAAACCCUACAAAUGUGAGGAGUGCUGCAAGCAGUUUAGUCAGCUGGGUCAUCUGAAGAUACAUAUGAGGACUCACACAGGGGAGAAACCCUAUAAGUGUGAGAAGUGCGGCAAGCAGUUCCGUUCAUCGAGUCAACUGAAGAUUCACAUGGGGACUCAUACAGCGGAAAAACCCUACAGGUGUGAAGAGUGCAGCAAGCAGUUCAGUCAGCUGAGUCAUCUGAGAACUCACAUGCUGACUCACACAGAGGAGAAACCUUACAGAUGUGAGGAGUGCAGCAAGCAGUUCAGUCAGCUGAGUCAUCUGAAAAAACACAUGCGGACUCACACUGGGGAGAAGCCAUACAAGUGUGAGGAGUGCAGCAAGCAGUUCAGUCAGCUUGGUAAUCUGAAGAACCAUAUGCGGACUCACACAGGGGAGAAGCCAUACAAGUGUGAGGAGUGCAGCAGGCAGUUCAGUGAACUUGGUAGUUUGAACAGGCACAUGCGGACUCACACAGGGGAGAAACCCUACAAGUGUGAGGAGUGCAGCAGGCAGUUUAGCGUGCUAGGUAAUCUGAAGAAACACAUGCGGACUCACACUGGAGAGAAACCCUACAAAUGUGAGGAGUGCUGCAGGCAGUUCAGUCAGCUGGGUAGUUUGGAGAAACACAUGCGGACUCACACAGGGGAGAAACCCUACAGAUGUGAGGAGUGCAGCAGGCAGUUCAGUGAGCUGGGUAAUCUGAAAAGACACAUGCAGACACACUUGUGAGAAAUUUUAUAUAAGGACCGACGUGAAAGUAGCAACUUCCGUCAGUACGCCGCAAACGUGUAUUCUUUCAAUCCUGUUGGUACAAUGUUACAUUGUGUCAAUUUCCUAAGGAAUUGCAUCACUAUUGAAUUUUUAUUUUUAAAUACGGUAUACACUUUUCCCAUUUAUGCUUCAAGUCUCUUUCUCUUAAUUUUUUUAAGUUCGUCGUAAGCGUCUUUAGACAAAGGUCGUUUGGGUUUGUCUUGUUAUUCUAAUUUACUU